AUGAAGCCAACGCACACAAUGGUCAACUGCUGGUUCUGCAACCAAGACACACUGGUGCCCUAUGGGAACCGCAACUGCUGGGACUGCCCCCACUGCGAGCAGUACAACGGCUUCCAGGAGAAUGGUGACUACAACAAGCCAAUCCCUGCCCAGUACAUGGAGCACCUGAACCACGUGGUGAGCAGCACGCCCAGCCUCCGUGAGCCCGUGCAGCCGCAGCAGUGGGUGAGCAGCCAGGUCCUGCUGUGUAAGAGGUGCAACCACCACCAGACCACCAAAAUCAAGCAGCUGGCCGCCUUCGCUCCACGCGAGGAGGGCAGGUACGACGAGGAGAUUGAGGUGUAUCGACACCACCUGGAGCAGAUGUACAAGCUGUGCCGGCCGUGCCAGGCAGCCGUCGAGUACUACAUCAAGCACCAGAACCGCCAGCUGCGUGCGCUGCUGCUGAGCCACCAGUUCAAGCGCCGCGAGGCCGACCAGGCCCACAUGCAGGUCCGCGCAGGCAGUCAUGGGGCGUACUUCCUAGGAGACUCCACUGGCCUCUUCCCCAGCAGCCCCAGCCUGGCCGUCCCGUGCCCGAGUGUCGGAGGCUCUUCACCAUCCCUGUUCCUCCCCACCCCGCCCGGCCUCCUGCCACUCACCAACCAGCAGCUGUUCCGGACUCCCCGGCGGGUGUCACCGUCCUCACUGCCAGGCCGCCUCAGCCGGGCCCUCUCACUGGGAACCAUACCCUCUCUGACCCGAGCAG